AUGAAAGUUACUUAUGAAAAGCAAGACGAUCUUUUAGACCUUUCUUAUGGUGGACAGAUGACCACUGGAGCAUCAAUCGAAGAUGACACUGGCGUCGUGGUGCAUUUGGGGACGGAUGGCGGAUGCGACAUAGUGGCCGUAACCAUUAUGGGGGCUGCGUCUUGGUUCAACAAAGGCUUUGAUGAAGCGUCAGAUAAAUGGCUGAUUGGCGAUACGACCGACGACCUUGAAAUGGUAACAAUAAAUGGCGACUUUGUGGGUUAUUGGCAGCCGGAUAGGUACGAUCCUAAUGAAGUCCCCGACCCUAUCGGCGUUGAAAUUAAACAUGUGGCAAAGCAUGUGCCUGCCCGUAUCCGCAAGGCGUUGCGGAACGCUUACCAAGGUGUUGUGAACUCCGACGAGGGGUCUGGUAUAGAAGGCGAGGCGCUGUCGGUCGAGCGCCACUAA